AUGGGCAGUUUCUGGUCAUAUUCGGCCGACAAGCGAACGUCCCUUCGGAGUCUGAACUGGACUUAUCUCUUUUCCGCCUCGGCCUGGUAUCCGGCGAAAUCCCUCCUCAUCGCCAACCGCAUCGUCGAGCCCCUGUCCUCGCCGCCCGCCGACUACCCGCUGCCGACAGCGCCGCCUGCCGACCCGAUGGCCUCUGUUGUGACGCAGGAGAGUUCAGAUUUACGCCUCACGCUUCCGGUCGAAAGAGCGUCUACCUCUCCUUUCCCUUCGCCAGGCUCGCCGUUCUACCCUCCACCGCGCCUCGGCGCACACGAGUUCGCCCUCCGCCCCUCGUCCUCGCGAAGCCCCAACCCCGCCCGCGAGCGCGACGACCCCGCCCCCCGCGACUCCCUCAAAGAACCCGCGAUGCCGGUCGCCGAUGGCGCCACGACGCCCACCCCUUCCACCCCCGCGAACCCCUCUCUCUCCGUCAUCACCACUGCUGCCUCCCCGACAACGCCCACCCCGGGCUCUGUCUUCCAGGUGAAGACCCCGACCGCGCAGAUCACCGUUCCCGACCCUCCACCCAACUCCGAGACCUCCGUUUCCCUCUCUGCCGCCGCCGCCGCUCUCACGGCCGCGGCGAGCAACCGCGACUCGCUCACUUCCUCCCGCCCUGCACCCCCUAGCCCCGCCACAAUCAAAGGCGUCCUCCCUCCUCUCCCCACCCCUCCACGAGCCGGAGGCGUCAAGUUCGUCCAGUGUCACUCUCACCCCUUCCACUCCCCCCGCCCCAAGACGCUGCUCUUCAAGAUCCGCGACUACGGCUUCCCCCCGACCGACGAGCGCCACCUAGGCAAGGGCCCAGACGUCCCACGGCCGAAUCGCCCCCGCCGACGGUGGUCCACGCUCUCAGAUGCGUCCACAUCCUCCGCUGGGACUUCGCAGGCGGACGACGAUGGGGACGGGGACGUCAGCGGCUGGGGCCAGUUCCCGUGGAACACGCUCAACACCGCCCAGAUGGGGGGCCAGCGCCUGCCGGGCGAGGGCCCGUCGCGCGCGGAGCUGCUGCGCAAUUUCGGCGGGGCCGGCGAGGCCGCGGAGGACGACGAGGAUGACGACGAGGACGAGUACGACGACGCGCAGACGGGGGACGACGAGCCGCUCGUGCCGGGGCUCUACCGCGCGCUGUACGCGUUCGACCCCGAGGGCACGGCGGAGAUGGCGCUCGAGGAGGAGCAGAUCGUGCACGUCGUCGGCCGGGGCGGCGGCGUGGGCUGGGCGGUGGUCGAGAAGGACGGCGGCGGGCACGCUCUCGUGCCGGAGAGCUACCUUGAGCUCGUCGAGGCGGACUAG